GAAACGUGUUAUGAGACAAACUUUUGUGAACGUUGCCAGAUAGAUGACUUGACUGAGAAUACUAGUGUAUUUUUUUGCUAGAAAAUAAACUAUUACAAAUGGUGCUGUGAUAUUUCAGUGGCUGAAGAGUUUCGAGUAACUCUGGCAGAGUGACGCUGCUAUAUUUUUUUGUCCCUAUCAGUUUUGUGGAAGACAGUGGUGUGAAAAACACAGUGCUCAGUGUUUGUUUGUGACAUUGGUAUUGUGCUGAUUGAGACUGACAGAUCACCAGUUUCUUUUAAGCGCAGUGUGUCAGAGCGAAAAGUGGAAGAUUUUCUCAGUGUUUGUGUUGUCUUGCUAAGUGUGAACUGACCUGUGAGUUCUCAGGGCUUCAAAAUGAAGAACCACCACCACCACCAUCAGCACGGCUACCACGGCAGUGAAGAUGAUGAAAGUGGCAGUGAUUCGCCUGCCCUCCUCCCACACGCUUCACCCACAGCGAGUCUCCUGCCCGAGGACACUCCACCCCCACACGGCCUGCGUGAUCCCCCGGGCCUCUUGAAUGCCCGGGCUAUGUUCUUCCUUGUCCUGUGGUACUUCUUCAGUGGCUGCACUCUCUUCCUUAACAAGUACAUCUUGUCGUACUUGCAGGGUGACCCCACGGUUUUGGGCACAUUCCAGAUGCUGAUGACGGCGACGUGCGGCUUCGUCCAGAUGUACUUCCCCUGCGGCAUGUACAAGCCCGCGCCACGGAUGGCGAGGCCGCCCGGCUUCUACUGCCACAUGCUGCUCGUCGGUUGCACCAGGUUCACAACAGUGAUCUUAGGCCUGGUGGCUCUGAACUACGUUGCGGUGAGCUUCACGGAGACAAUCAAGAGCUCUGCACCGCUCUUCACCGUCCUCAUCUCCAGGUACCUGCUCGGUGAGACGACGGGCCUGUACGUGGGCCUGUCCCUCAUCCCCGUGAUGGGCGGCCUCGCGCUCUGCUCCGCCAACGAGCUGAGCUUCGACACGCGGGGCUUUAUCGCCGCCAUGGCCACCAACCUCACCGAGUGCCUGCAGAAUGUAUAUUCUAAGAUGCUCAUAAGUGGAGAGAAAUUCAAAUACACGCCAGCCGAGCUGCAGUUCUACACGAGUGUGGCGUCUGUCGCCGUGCAGGUUCCCGCCUCGCUGUUCCUCGUGGACUUCUCGGGAGUGCGCAGGUCGACAGACCUGGGCCUCUUCGUCUCCUUCGUCCUGAACGGCGUUUUCUUCCAUUUCCAGAGCAUCACCGCGUACGUGCUGAUGGACUACAUCAGCCCUGUCACACACAGUGUGGCCAACACGGUGAAGCGUGCGUUCCUCAUCUGGCUGUCGGUGCUGCUGUUCGGCAACGCGGUGACGAUGCUGUCGGGCCUGGGCACGGCGACAGUGAUCGCAGGCGUGCUGCUGUACAACAAGGCGCAGGACAUCGACCGGCGGAGGCGGCUGCGCCACGGGCCCGGCGAGAUUGCCGGAGACGGCAUGUUGUCGCAGCUGGUGUGGAAGGUGCGGACGGUAUGACAGCCGCCAGCGGGGCUCGUCCUUUCGCGCCAUCGCGACUGCCGACGCCUGUGACCGGCUCCCGAGCAGUGAGCGUCGCCGGCUUACCGACACCCUCUGCCGUAGCUCGCGCUGUCGGUCGUGUUCGCCUGCCGAGGCACUGCUCGACACCGGAGCACAAUUCCUCGUACUUGCUCCGAGGCCACUGUUGCCACGAUAUAGCACGAUGCACCGACUGCAAGAUGUAACAUUCCUUGUAAUAAGAUGGCUCUCGAAGCAACGUGUAGGUUGUCAGACGUCUCUCUCUGGAGGAAACAGUUGAAACAUCUUCAGUAAUUCUGCAGUCUGAGUUACGGGUUAGGCAGUCAUCUAUUUGCGACCAGAGAGUGUAUGUCUUGUUCAGAUUCAGAAAUAACCUAAAACCGUAAACGGUGCACAGAAUGUGUGCAGAUUGCGCAUUCUUCAGGCUUGGAAGUACAGAAGAGAGAGUAAAGGGUAACAGUAUUUGUUUGACCCAACAAUUGCACAAGUCUUCAUGUUUUCCUGGUAUAACACUAAAUCUGUGACGUUUUGGUAUUGCUGCUGUCACCAGUACUUCCCUUUUUCUAAAGUAUUUCAUCUGCAGAACAUCCAGCCAUCUUCCAAGUGAACUCUAGGACAGCUUUUUGACUCACUCUGAAAUGGUUGGAUGUCUUCAGCUGAAAUACCAGGAGGAGAGAGGUAUUGAUGACAGCAGUCUGUAGUAGGGAAAUUAACAACUUAUUGAUGAUAAUAACCACCUUGAGCUUCAUGAAUGUGGAUCAAAUUACUUGGAGAAAUACAGGAGCCACCCACCUUUUACAUAGCUUUGGGUAUGCCUGUUUACAUUAGGUUUUCAGUGCUCAAUAGGUGUAAUGAAAAUAUAAAUGUAUUCACCAACUGAAGAUGGGAAAACCCCGAAUGCAUUUCACCAUAGCGUAAAUAAAAUUGUAUAAAAAGUGGGCAGUUUCUGUAUUUCUUCUAGUAAUAUGGAAACUUCAUUGAUCAAUAAUUACGUAUUUGAUGGAGUGUGUUAUUGCCAUAGUGAGUGAGUUACUUCGUCUCAUUUUUGAACUUGGAAUCUCUCACAUGGCCUGCUGAAUGUAAUAUCUUCCUCUUGCCUUUAAUAACUAUGUAACUAUUUUACCAAACUCUUGUGCUCCAUAGGAAUUUGGAACUCACAAGGAACAAUGAAAACUUUUGUCCUACAUGUUGUGCCAUAAUGUCAUGUGUCUUUUAUACUUUAUCACUCACGUUCACAGUGCCAUUAACUACAUAGUUGUAUCUUCACUGUGUAGCACCACUCACUUCAGACCUUUGUCUAAAAUUAAUUUGAUGAAAAAUUUCAAGAACAUUGAAGGAUGAAAUGGUAGAACAAAACUCUCUGCUAGUGCAGAAGCUCUAUCAAUUUAAAUAUGUUCGGACAAGUUGAUGGCACAAAACGUAGAUCUGGUCAGUCUUUAGUCCCUGACAAAUGAGUAUCUGAGGUUUGCCAUCAGUUUCUGUCUUUUGCAUGUGCUGCUCUUUUUCACAAAGCUGGUUUUAUGUUAAUCUUUCUGACGCAGAGGGAAAAUAGAUUUGCCUUCUUUUGGAAUUGCACAGAUCAUGGCAAAAUAUUCGAUACUUUAUAUUUCCACAACAAGCUUAUAAUAAUCACCUCAUCUUCCACUAUUAUGGCCAUCACUAGAACAAUGACACCAUGUAAUUUUGAUGUCCCUGUUACAGUAUGUGUGCUUUCUGUGUCAUUGCAGACUCUUCUGCUGCUUUGGUUUACAGAUUUUACUUUUGAGAGGCAGUCUGUCAGUGUGCCAGUUCAUCUUGUUGUCUCAGAUGUUUUAGAUUGUAUACUCUAAUAUUGACAGGUAAUUUUGGGACUUUAGACUAAGACUGUAUGAGAACUACUAGAGGCACAGUUGACGGACACAUUUAUUACCUAUCAAAAUGAACUUUUGACCUGACCAAAGUUGCAGCAUUGCCACGUUUACACUUGAAAGUCAGGAGGGGGAGCCAGUAAUAGAAUACACUUAGGUAUCAUUAGAAGUGGACUGUCACCACAUGCUGAGUGUCUGUAUGUCAAUGCCCUGUGAAGCGGAACGAAUAAUUGUUUCUCUUUUUUUAAAAAAAAAAUUGGGCGCAGUGUCUAUUUUUUCACACUGUCAUCUCAUUUGUACAUGACGGCUUAUUUAUUCUGACACAUUUUAAAAUCAGAUCCCAUAGGCAGACCAGUUCUUCUCAGAAUUUCCCUGCAAAACUCGAACAAAACGCAGCAAAAGAACCUGUGUGAAUUUUUUGAAAAACUUACGUAACUUUGUAUGGUUUAAAAAUAUGGAAGAUUGUAUUGCCUGAUUACACUUUAUUUCAGAUUUUCAGUGAAACAUAUCGCAUUUGCGCUUUGCUGCUUCUUUACAGGGGUAGAUACACGAAUUCCACUCCGAUCGACAGUCGUGUCCCUCGUGUCAUAAUUUGUACAUUGUCAGCUCACUCGGCUUCAACAUUUAGCUCACACUUUCCGUCCCAUUUUCUUUCACUCUUUUGUCCUUCUCACUGCCAAUAAAUUUCAUUAUAUUAACAACAAGCAGUCCCAGCUGCCCGUGAAGGUAUUUUCUGGUGGUAACUUCCCACGUCUGCACUGCAAAGUAACAACAAACAUUACUUCUUGUUGUUGUUGUUGUGGUCUUCAGUCCAAAGACUAGUCUAUCCUGUGUCAGUCUCUCCAUCUCUUCAUGACCACUGCAGCCUACAUCCAUUUGAACCUCCUAACUGUAUUCCAGCCUUGGUCUCCCUCUCUAUGUAAUUUCUACUCCCCCUAUGUCUCUGCAUUGUCAAAUUAACUAUUAUGUGAUGUCUCAGGAUAAAUCCUUUCAAAUGAUUGCUUUCUUUAGUCAAGUUGUUUCACAAAGGUCUUCACUCCUCCUUCAUUAAGACAGUAAUAAAUAUCUGACAAUAUUUACAUUCCAAGUGUGACUGGGAAACAUUCAUUCCCUACAAAAAAAUAUCCAUAAUAAGCUCAGUAUCCUUGUCCAGCGACUGUAUAAGAUACAAUUCCAAUUUAUUCCACAGUCAGUCUUGGCAUUUGCAAGUCACUUGAAAUAGUUUUUCGUUUCCUGUGGUUCCGGUUUAGGUGGGUUAUCCAGUAAGUAAUGGCCAUUUGAUUUUAAUAAAUUCAUAAAAUAUAUUUUAAUAUCAAGAAAAUCGUGUCACUUACAAAGCUGAAGUUUACUUAUUUCUCUGUGUAAUCACCUUCAUUACUUCUGCAUUUCUCAUAAAUGUCCACGAAAUUGAGUAUCCCAUUAUCAUAUCUGAUUGUUGCUAGUCCACUGGUCCAUUGAAGCUGCAUAUCACUUGAAUAAUAUGUUCUGUUCGCCACUUACUAAUCAUUUGCAAGUGAUCUUGCAUAUAUGGUCAUACAAUCACAAGGUGAAAAACAAAGAGGAGACAUCGAGAUGUGUUCCAAAUAAGUAGUUCAAUUGAAUGUAAAUCACACUAUAGAAUGUAAUACCAGGUAACUAUGCUCACUCCUAUUGCCAAACGAGGUGUACGAAACAAAUAUAUUAUCUAGUAUGUGAGACUGAGCCUGAAACUUCUUUCUUUUGUCACAUAAUUUGACUGUGAAGUACAUUAUAACCUUUACUGUUUUGUUCGUAGUGUCGGUCUCUUGAUUUAUUCUGUGGCCUCCCCAGUGAUUCUAUGUCUAUGUGUUUUUGGGAACAUAUGUGUUAGCCAGUUCUGCAUCAGUGAUUUAUAUAUUUACUCUGUAACUGCCUUAUCCAUUCUUUUAUACUCUGUAUUUGUAACUGUAUGUUCACUUCUGCAGGUUUCUUCAUUUCAAUUGUACUACCUGUUGUGUUUUGAAAUUUGUUUCUGCUUUUGACGUGUGACGACACGAAGCCUCUGGACAGUAGAUGGCUGUACUGUGGUACGCCCCGAGUCAGAGUUGCUUGUCUCGGAGCAGUACUAGUUAGGUUAGAUAUGUAAAAUCCAUAAUUCCAUAACUCACAAAUGCAUUGCAAUGGUGGUCAGUGUAACUGCGGAGUUGAUGGUCAGCAGAGAGAUGCAACAGGCCCUUUGAGCUGGUACAGUGUGCUUCGAUGACCAGAAAUAUACCUGAUCACACAGUUGUCUGCUGCUUCACUCAUGAAGUAAGUAUGCAUUCCGUGCACUUUACAUAGUAUUGUUGCCUAUCACCUGCAUAGGCCAUAUGUACUUGCAGCAAUUCUGUGGGCAAUAACUCGCAAUCACAUUUAAAGUUUUCACUGAUAACGACCUUUAAAACUGAGUACUUCAAAAGCGUCGGAACACUCGGUGGCAAUUCUAAUGUAAUUGGCUAUUAUAAUGUAAGUGGCUGUUGCAAUGUACGUCUUGUCACACGCUCAGCAACAGAUCCAACUCAUUCUGCCUAGGUUCAUGAAUCUGCCUAUGACAAUAAUUUUUUGAUAAUCGCCUUGCUGUAUCUCACUGUCUGCUAGCAAUGGAAUGUGUUACUGGCUCAAAACUGUUACUGUGUUUGAGGUUUAAAAUGUUUCAAACAUACACCUCUAAUGUGUGUGGGUUUUUUUUUUCUAGUGCUGCAAAAUGGCUAAUGGAAAACAUUCCAGAUUAACUAAAGUUUGAGACACGUAACAAAAUCUGCAGUGGCAUUUCUGUUGUACGGGAAGUAACUUGAGCAAGAAGUUUUUCAUGAACCUGCUUACAUUCAAACAGUGUUAUGAUUUGCUUAUGUGAAAUCUGGGCAGGCAUAGUGUGAUAACCACAGAUCACUGGUUGUGAAGACUUGUGUACUCUGAUGUGUCUGUAAUAACUGUCUGUGCAAUUUAAGUUUUUGUAUAUACUCUGUGUCAUUUGGAACAAUGUCUGUCUGUUUACACAUUCCUAAGUAUUUUCCAUUGUUUUUCACUGCCUUUUGUGUAAAUAUGUAAACUAAAGAAGUCUGUUUUUAUUACCACGUGUUCUGUGCCGAGGAGUAUGUUAAUUUAUUUAUUUACUGCUGUGGUUGUUGAAUUUUCAGGCUGUGUGAUAAGAGCGUGCAGGGCGCGUGACGCUUCCCUCGCUAUACCAGUAUUGCUUCGUUUGUAUGAGAUGUUUUUAUUAUUUUCGUAACAAGAAAGAUGUUGGACGUUGUUGUUGAACUUUGCACAUUUUUGUCAUGAAAUGUUUUAUAGCACAUGGAAGAAAGAACUUUUUGUAAUAAAUGUUUGUUCCCUCAAAACUGUGUGUAGGAAUUGCUUUCACUUCCUCUUCACUACACAUUACAUCAUAUGCAAUCUGCAGUGUUGUCUCUGCAGCCUAAAAAAUAAACAAACUGUCUUGUGUGCAAAAAAUAAUGAUCCUUAUUAAUAAGGCAGCUAUCGGGUGGUGCAAAACCCGCAAGUUUUUAACACAGUUCUUCUUGCCCGUUGUGCACUCAUAAGUUUUGAACCCCAUAUGAUUGACUUGCAACUUCCUGUAAGUGCCACAUUGACAUUUAUAGCAUAUUGAUCGAACUGGGACUGAAAGCAUUUGAAACACUACCCUGAAAUUGCAAAAAUAUAAACUGAAUGGAAUGUAAAUGGUACAUAUAUCAAACAGCAGAAUUUGAAUAAAGUAAUACAAUUCUGGUACUCAA